GCAAUGCUUCUUCAUGGCUAUUCGCUCGAGUUUUUUGGUUCGCCGGCUGGAUGACCACUUCAUCGUGGAGUCUUAUGGUCCUCACCGCUUCAGCCGUCAAUUUGGCUAUUACCAAAUCGUACCCAGCAGCCUUACUCAGAACAUUCGAAGGACAUCUUUGGACGAAGGUCUCAACCUUUGGCGCAUGUGUUUGCUGCACAGAUCGCGAUCAAGGGCAUGUUUUCCACGAUCUUCUUUGGACAUGAAGAUACAUUAUUCAGUCGACUAUAAGACUUGGUGGGAUAGGACGUACAGAUUUUCUUUUGAAAACAAAAUCUCUUCUCCGGCUCAUAUCACUUUUAAAAGAAAAGAUCAGGAAGAAGCAAUCAACUCCAAAGAUGGAAAGAGGAAGGUCGUCUCUACCACCCUUAUAGCUGAUUCUGGUAGUAGCAAUUCUGAGCGUAAUUGGAAAAAGAAGAGAAUUGCGGGGUCCUCAAAACCGGCCGAGGGUCACGUUGAGGAAGAGCCAACUCUAGUGGAUGCCGAUGUGAACAAGGCUUUGAAAGAAGUGUUUGGAAAUAAUCUUGAGAAGGGCUCACCAAUCGACUGUGUAUCCAUUGAAUCCAAUAAAUCAAACGAGAUUCCUUGUCUUGCUAAACAAUCCCGCCCCCGACCAAUGCCAUCAUGUGGGGCGCCUUCCGAGUUCAAUGCCACACGCAUGAUCGAUGAUGAACUCAAGUCGUGCUGCAGGAUCAUCUGGGGAAAGCUUCGUGACAAGGUUGAGAGAACCAACGUCGAGUUUCUAUCGGCGCUUGAAGACGAGAUACGGAGUGGCAUUUCCCGUAUGAAGAUUAUUUGUGGUCUUGACCUUUUCAACCUUGAAGAUAGUAUUGAUGAACUAUUCUCCAAAGCCACCGCUUUUGAUAAAGUAAGGUCGGCUUCUCAUGAGAUCAAUGAAGGCCACACACUCAAAGUUCGAGAGGUCAAGGUUUGCCUUCAAGAGAAGUUUGCCAAAGAGAAGAAGGAUGCUGCGAAUUGUGAUGCUUUAAAAGCGGAUCUUGAUGAGUUGGAGAAACGCAAGAAAGAAUUGUUGGUGUCUUUGGAGCAGCGAAGCCUGAUACUUAAGACUACUCGUGGUGAGAUCAAGGUACUCAAGGAAGACCUGGCCAAGCUUGAAGAGGCUUCGAGAAAUGAUGAGGUCUUGAAGAAUUUGGAAGCCUUGAAGCUUUCACUAGAGUCUAUGCAGCAGAUUUUGAGAGAUCAAGACCCUUUUGCUUAGUAUAUUGCAUUUUUAUCAUUCCUCUUUUGAUGAUUCUCAUUUGGUUUGUCAUGGAUAUUUUGACAUCUUCUCCCAAUGCUUGUGCUUCUUUUGAUGACUUGAUUUCUUUGCUAUUUUGGAAUGAAACGUUUUUGGCUUCA